AUGGUGCUGUUUGAAACUUCUGAUGCUUUGAUGUGCAGGGCAUUUCCCACCACCCUGAGAGGCCCGACCCGCACGUGGUACAGCGGCCUGAAGACCAGGACUAUCGCCUCCUUCGACCAGCUCAUCAAUGACCUCGAGCUUAACUUCCUGGCCUACGCCCAACCGAAACCGUCCGUUGCAUUACUCCUCGGACUCAACCAAUGGGAGGACGAGCCCCUCUCCCAUUUUGUGAAUCACUUCACAACACAAAUCCGGGGGUUGCAGGACGCUCAUCCCUCUCUGUUAGUGCAGGCGUUUAUGACAGGCCUGUGA